UAUCCGCGCUUGCACACCUCACCGACAACACCCCUCAGGUACCACUUCACACAUCAUCACGAAUCGCACAGCAUGGUUAUUGCUCCCAUACUCGGUGCCGUCACCAAAGGCAUAUCAUCAGGCAUAGGUGCGGCAAGCGAAAAGUACUACGAUCGCAAAGAGAGAAAAGCUGCAUUGGCCGAAGGGAAGAGCUCCAGUAGCAACACCAGCUCGGAAUCACAGAUCAACCUCGUUAAUCCAGCAGAGCCCGGCGCCGAAACGGCUGAUGACGAGCGAAUCUGGACUCUUGAUGAGGCUGCUGGUCCGCCACCAAGUUAUCAUUCGUUGGGUCACGGCCAACAGCCUGGACCGGAAAGGACAGUAUCAGAUCUUGCCCGGCAUGUUGUCAGUCUAGCGGAUCAACAUGAUCUAACCAACUCAACACCUCCCCGCCUUCCUUACCCCAUCAUCAUUCCCCAAAGACGCCCGGGUGCCAGAGGCCGCGGGUUUGCCCGGGCUUAUCCUCCAGAUCUCGAAGCGUUUGGCAUCGAUCAAGAAGCAUUUUUGCAGAUAUUCCAAAAUUUCGAGGAGGCAUCAGAGGCUUCGCCAUGGCUCAAAACGCUCUAUCUUUCUGCUGGUGUGAUAGGCAUGAUCCCUGGCCACAUUACAAUGGCCAUUUCAUUCAGUCUUCAGGCAGUUUCAGGAACUGCCAUGGAUUACCAGAAACGCUACAAAGCCAACGCGUUCCUCGACCAAAUCAACAAAGAUCUGUUCAUGCCGCUCGGUCUAUAUUGCAUGGUCCUCAUGUGCAAAGAUGGACCAGGUACAACCCAGAACCCCGAAUUCGGCAUCGAAUCAAUCAACCUAGACACUGCAAAGCAAAUCAGCAAAUGGGGACUUCCCAAGAGCUCAUCCGACAGCACCGCCAACGACACCUCACCAACGAUAUCAAAAACCAGCCAAAUCCUCCGUCCCAUCCGCCUCACAUCCGGCAAGACAAACAUCGCGGAAACCCCGCUGGAGAUAGCACCACUCAUCUACCCGGGCCUUGACGCUAUGCUGGACCGCCCACAAGUUGCGCCCGACGAAAACCUCAAAUCCCGCAUGAUGCGACACAAGGAUUUCUACGCGGAUUACUUUGACCGCCGCGCCCGUGCCGAUUACGCGGGGAACAACCCGAAUUCCACACUCACGAAAGCUUCAUCGUCUCCGUCUGAGUUCCGAACCGCAAUCGCGGACCCAAACAACCCUGCAAACAACGGUCAUCUGAUCUCCCUGGUCACCGGGGGCAGAGUGGUUGCGCAGCCAAGGGGAAGGCGGAAGUUGAGAGAGGUAGGAGCUGAUGGGAAGUUGAAGCCAAAAGAAAAACCUGUGGAGAAUCCCAAAGGACGCAGGGCUUUUGGACCUGUUAAUUUGCUGUCCAAGGGAGUGAAGAAAGUGCUUACACCGAAUAUUCUAUAUUUUACGAUUGUUAAUAUGCCGAGUGAGGCCAAGUUGGCGGAGGCGAGGGCUGCGCUGGGGAUAUAG